AUGGCGAAAAUUAAGAAGAAGGGAACUUCUGGCCAGGCCAAAAACUAUAUCACUAGAACUCAGGCAGUUCGCAAGCUUCAGAUUUCCCUGCCUGACUUCCGUCGACUAUGCAUUUUCAAAGGCAUCUAUCCCCGUGAACCUCGGAACAAGAAGAAGGCCGCCAAAAACUCGACUGCCAGCACUACUUUCUACUACACGAAAGACAUUCAGUAUCUUCUGCAUGAACCCCUCCUCCGGAAAUUCCGUGAUCAGAAAGCGCUCUCGAAAAAGAUUGCCCGCUCCCUUGGACGUGGAGAAGUGAGCGACGCUGCUCGCCUGGAGAAGAACCAUGCGCCGCAGCUCACUUUGGAUCAUAUUAUCAAGGAGCGCUACCCAACUUUCAUCGACGCUCUGAGAGACUUGGAUGAUGCCCUGUCACUUCUGUUCCUCUUUGCGAACCUUCCUUCCACUGCACAUGUACCCCCCAAGACGAUCGCGCUUUGCCAACGACUUUGCCAUGAGUUCCAACACUACCUGAUUGUCACCAACUCCUUGCGCAAAUCAUUCCUUUCAAUCAAGGGUAUCUACUACCAGGCGACCAUUCAGGGACAGGAUAUCAUGUGGUUGGUGCCUUACCGAUUCGUUCAGCGGGUAAAUGGAGAUGUCGAUUAUCGAAUCAUGGCCACUUUCGUCGACUUCUACACCACUUUGCUAGGAUUCGUGAACUUCCGUCUGUAUUCCACUCUUGGAUUAAGAUACCCCCCCAAGUUCGAUACCAGAAGUGACGAAAAUGGAGCUGAAUUGGCGGCAUUUACCCUUGAGGGACGCGCGGUUGGCGAAACAACCAAGGCUAUCGAAGCCACCAAGCAAACAAGCAAUACGGCUAACAAGGCAGUAUCCCGGGAUGUCCAGGCCAAGGUUGACAAGGUAAUCAAAUCGGCCGGUCUGGACCAAUCAAAGGACGAUCAACCUGUGCAGGCGACAGAGGAGUCGACCGAAGAAAUUGACAAAUUCGAGCCUGCAGCUCCCGAGGCGGACACACUCCUUCAACCCGCUAUUAGCGGAGACACAGCUGGUGCUCUGUUUGCUCCCUUCACAUUCUAUAUUUCUCGAGAGGCUCCUAAGGCUCCCUUGGAAUUCAUCCUGCGUGCCUUUGGUUGCAAGCGUAUCGGCUGGGACGCUGUUCUCGGUGAUGGAGCGUUCACACACGAUGAAACUGACACCCGCAUCACCCACCAAAUCGUUGAUCGUCCUGCACUGCCAGAAUCUUCGCUUCCGGUUGUUCCCGCCGCCUCAGAGAAUGGUGCUGGUGCUGUUCAAAAGGUCAAGCCUGGUACUCGUAUCCCGGGCAGAAUGUAUGUUCAGCCCCAAUGGAUCUGGGACUGCAUCAACGAAGGAAAGCUUCUUCGUCCUGAUCUGUAUGCACCUGGCACUACUCUUCCCCCCCAUCUGAGCCCAUGGGUCAAGGCCACGAAGGGUGCAUAUGAUCCUCGUGCUAGUCUGGCUGAGCAAGAAGAGGAGGGCGAGGCUGAAAUUGCAGCUGAGGAAGAGGAAGAAGAAGAUUCCGAUGAAGAGAUGGAGGAGGCCACUGAUGGAAAGAAGACUGACACCAAGGCUAAAGACUCAGCUGAGGAGGAAAGUGAGGACGAGGAUGAUUCUGUUGAUGGAGGUAUGGAUGUUGCUGAUACUGAUGACGAUGAGGACGAGAGCGAAGAGGAAGUGGAAGAUGAAUUUGGUGGAUUCGAAGAAGAAGCUGCCUCCGAAUCGGAUGAUGAAGAGGAAUCUGCUCGCACUCAGCAUCAAAAGGAACUUGAGGCGGAAGCUGCUGGUCUUCCAUUCUCCUCCUCUGGUGCCGCCGGUGAUUCAACGAAGAAGAAGUCUUCUCAGGCCAAGAAGGUAGCGUCCAAGAAGCGUAAGGAAGAGGAGGAGCUGGAGAGGCAAAAGAUGAUGAUGAGCCGCAAGAAGCGGAAGCUGCUAGAGAAGAUGAUGUACUCGAACAAGAAGCAGUCAGAAGAGGCGGCGAAGCUGCGCUCCAAGCGCAGAAAGCUUGAAAAGGGCGCAGAGAAAUAA